AGCGGAAGAAGAAGAAGAAGCACCCGGAAGCACGCUCCGUCGGCUGGUGCGACAUCCCCUCUGUUGUGUCUGUGUACGCAGGCUGUCAGAGGAGGACUCGGGCUCGUCGGUUCGAGGGACACUUCCGCUCGUUUGUCCGGCAUGUGACGGUAGAUAUCAAAGAUAUAAAGUCGCCAUGCAGAUCCUCACUCCUCACGUUUACUGGGCUCAGCGGCACGCGGAGAUCUACCUGCGGGUGGAUCUGAGCGACGCGAAGAAUCUCGACAUCAGCUUGCAAGAAAACAACACACUUCAGUUUAGAGCACAGGGCCAUGGAGCCAAAGGAGAGAAUGAAUACGAGUUCAGUUUGGAGUUCUUCGAAGCGGUUAGACCUGAGAUCAAGCACAAGUCCACCCAGCGUCAGGUGGACAUUAAGAUAAAGAAGCAGGAGGAGCGCUGGUGGGACCGGCUCACACUGCAGGGCAAGAAGCCUCUGUUUUUGGCCCCGGACUUUGACCGCUGGCUGGACGAGUCCGACGCAGAGAUGGAGCUUCAAGCGAAGGAGGAGAAAAUAAACAAGAUAAAUGUGGAGUCGAGAGUCCGUAAAGACCCUUACCUCGGGCUGAAGAAAGGGUACUUGUUCAUGUACAACCUCGUGCAAUUCUUGGGCUUUUCCUGGAUCUUUGUGAACAUGACGGUCCGACUCUUCAUUCUCGGACAAGAUUCGUUCUACGAUACCUUCCACACUACAGCCGACAUGAUGUAUUUCUGUCAGAUGAUGGCCGUGCUGGAGGUCAUUAAUCCCUUGCUGGGUCUGGUUAAGACUGGAUUCUUUCCUGCCAUGAUACAGGUGGCGGGGAGGAACGUCAUCCUGUUUGUCAUCUUUGGCAGUCUGGAGGAGAUGCAGAACAAACCCGUCGUCUUCUUCGUGUUCUACCUGUGGAGCACCAUAGAGAUCUUCAGGUACCCGUUCUACAUGCUGGCGUGCAUCAGCACUGAGUGGAAGCUGUUGACGUGGCUGAGAUACAGCCUCUGGAUCCCGCUGUACCCGCUGGGGGUUGUGGCUGAAGCUGUGGCCGUGAUCCAGUCGCUGCCCAUCUUUGAUGAGACGCGUCUGUUCAGCUUCCCCCUCCCGGCGCUCCUGGGACACUCUUUAAGCUUCUCCUACACUCUGCAGCUAUACCUGGUCCUCAUGUUCCUGGGACUCUUCAUCAACUUCCGCCACCUGUACAAGCAGAGGAAGAGACGAUACCGCUCGAGGAAAAGGAAAGUCCAGUAAACAGUCAGUUUAUUUUGAAAACCCUCUGAACUACCGUCCACUUAAAGAUUAAGCUGCUGUCUCUUUUUUUUCUGUCAUAGCCUUUCCUCAUUUCACUAUUACUGCGUUUAUUCUACUUUCAAUGCUCAUAUUGAAAGUAGAAUAAACUUUUCUUCUGCAUACGCCAUCUAAGGUUUUGUUAUAAUGGAGAUCAUUUGUUGAUUUUUCUUUUCUCUUUCUUGCUGUUGAUUUUUGUUGUUGUUGGGGGGCUAAAGUGUUUUGUUUAUGAUCGUGCCAGCAGGCCGCUGUUAGUGAUCCACGCGUUCUUUUAACUUGAGUGACAUCAUUCACCUGCGUAACUAAGUUUCACAAAGCGCCCUGAUGACUGGAAGUGCAUUUUUGUUAUAUUGUUGCUGCACGCUAACGUGAUUGAAAGCCAUUUGAUACUCUCUCUGCGGUGUAUUCUGUGAAUUUAGAAUAAACUGCAUUAUUUUGAAUGCGAGAAACAAAGCUAGUUCAUCUCCCGGAUGUCGGAGAUCCUCGCCUGUUUUCUUCUUCAAGGGUUUAUUGUGGAAAAACUGUGUGAAUUUUUCUAAUGUUGGGUCGUACUUUAUUCAGAUUCCUCACGAGAGUUCGGAACUUGUUCCUGCUUGUGACCGUGUGCUGUGAACAUUAGCAAGGACAGAAAUCCCUGUAGGAGGAAAUAUAUAUUUAUUUAUUUUCCUGAAACAACUCACAACCCUUCUUUUGGCAUUUUUAUAUUAUUAUUAUCUGACCAUUAAACCACAUUUAGGAGUGAUUUUAAUUUCCAAAACAUCUUGUGAUCAUAUUUAAUUUUUUAGAUUUCAUGAGCUGAUUUUAUCUACUCCUGAUGAUUAACUUUAAUAACUCUUUAAUAUGUUCUUUAAUAACAAAUUGUGUGUACAUUUUAUGCAUCUUCUGUUUGAUGGUUUGUUCUAUUUGGAGCCCACAUGUCCCAACUCAAUGGUUCCAGAUUUUUAUGAAUUCCAAGUACUUGUUUACUUUGAUUAAUAUUCAUAGAAUGUCCUCUGAAUUGAAGUGCUUUGUUUUUGUUUUUUGUUUUCCUAGCUGUUCACUCAUGAGCCUUUUUGUCUGUUUUGUAUUUAUUUGUGUUUACUGAAGUUUUUUUCUGUAAUUUAUUUUUUAAUAUAUAAGUAUGGGAAUGAUAUAUACAGCUUGAUUUAGACAUUUGAUUAGAUUUCAACUUGAUUGUAAGUCACAGUCUGGGUUUCCUGGCAAAAUAAACGUUGGCGUUUCUGUUUUGGA